AUGUUUGGAGUGGAGGCUCUGUUCGGUAUCAAUGUAUGCAAUGUACUGGUCAUCGGUAUUAUGAUUGUCACCAUUUGGUGCACGUAUGACGCGGCCGGGCGUUCGUGGGUUAAGAUGAAAGUUUAUCAAAACAGCCUGAAAGAGGGUCAGUCCAAGUUUAGGUACAGACGCUCUGGCAAUAGUCAACGCAAUUGGCGGCACCGGUAA